AGAUCAUUGCUAGGAAAGAGAAACGAGGGAAAUGUACUGGGAACGGUCUUGGUAUCGUGAAACUUUUAAAGAAUUGGCAUUGGCGUAUACAGUGAGAGUGUGUGUCUCGUUACUGAUAAGAACAGACAGUUAUAAAGUGAGCUUUGCCGGAAGACUUUCCUUUCAGCCCGUCCCGUAGCAAAUAACAGCGCAGAAAGCACAUUGAUUGGAGGCAGCUGACUCAAAGACAAGACCGAAGUUCACAUUAGUGACACAUUAUUCAACUGUUGUGGUGACCAAGCAUUUUCUUUCGAAAGGCCCUUAAAAUGGGGGAUUACGCUCGCUAAAUCUCAGCAGUAAACAGCUUUGUGUGUGUGUGAGUGAUUACCGGUGUUGUUUUUUUGCCUUUUCCGAUCCAGAACAGCUCUGGAGAAUGAAGCGGAGGAGCAGAGUUCGUGUAGCAGUGAUUGGGGCCGGAGCGGCGGGCCUUUGCGCCGCUCGACACGUCCUGUCUAAACCCGAGACCUUUGACCCACCCGUGCUGUUUGAAAUGACCAAUCAUUUGGGUGGGACCUGGUUCUAUGAGGAACGAGUGGGCACAUAUGACAAUGGGUAUCCCAUCCACAGCAGUAUGUAUAGAGACCUCAGGACCAACUUACCCAAGGAGAUUAUGAUGUUCCCUGAUUUCCCCUUUGAUGACCACCUGGCUUCUUUUUUGCACCACACUUCAGUUCAGCAGUAUUUGGAAAAAUACUGUGAGAAAUAUGAUAUUGCUCAUCAUAUCAAGUUCAACACCGCGGUGGAAAAGGUGAAGCCCGUCUCCAUGGCAACCGAGACGGGGGGAGCUGUGACGUGGGAGGUAAUUUCGCGCAGCACAUGUGGAGAGCAGAACACGCAGACGUUCGACUCUGUGUUCGUCUGCAACGGGCAUUACUCCGACCCCCACCUGCCCUACAUUCCUGGAAUAGAGCAUUUCAAAGGGAAAGUCUUACACAGUCACUCAUACCGCCAUCCAGAGCCCUUCGCCAACAAGUCUGUUGUGGUCUUGGGGGCCAAAGCAUCUGGCGUGGACAUUUCUAUAGAGUUAGCCCAAGUUAACGCUCAGGUGAUUCUCAGUCAUAACACACAAACCGUGUCCUUACCUUCACCUCUGGGCAUCCGGCAGGCCAGCUCUGUUGUUAGGGUUUUGGAGGAUGGAUCUUUACAGUUUCAGGAUGGAUCAGUGACUCGGGCUGAUGUUCUUCUCUUUUGUACAGGAUACAACUUUAACUUCCCUUUCCUCUCUCCAUCAGAGCUCGGCCUGGACAUACAAGACCUUUUAGUGGCUCCUCUAUACAAAUACCUGCUGCCCCCUAGCUUUCCUUCCAUUUUUUUUAUUGGCAUUUGCAAAAUUAUUUGCCCCUUCAUACAUUUUGAUUGUCAGGUUAAAUUUGCUCUUGCUGUUCUGGAGGGCUUGACAAAACUGCCCACCCAGGACGAGAUGGAGAUGGAGGUACAUGGAGAGAUGCAAAGAAAACAAGACACAGGUGUGCAGAUGAAGCACCUGCUCAAUUUGGACAGGGAUCAGUGGGAUUAUUACCUGGAUCUGGCCAAGAUGGGCCAAUUCACACCUCCUCUGGCUGUGCUUGAGAGUUUGUAUGAGGAGGUACGCAGACAAAGGCAGAAAGACCCGCAGAAAUACAGACUCAUUAACUAUAGGCUCAUUGACGCCACACAGUGGGAGCUUUUGGAAGCUCCGUCUGAACAAACUGCUUGAUUGUUCAGCUACUAACUAGUGAAUGAGAUUUACACACUCUUACUGCCAUUCCUAUGAAAAAAGAAGAGAGAACAUCAGUAGAAAUGCUGAAAAAAGAAAAUAAAAGCUUAAUAAUUCCAAAAAGCAUUUAGAUAGAUAGAUAGAUAGAUAGAUAGAUAGAUAGAUAGAUAGAUAGAUAGAUAGAUAGAUAGAUAGAUAGAUAGAUAGAUAGAUAGAUAGAUAGAUAGAUAGAUGUUAAAAAAUAAAGAGGUCACCAUUCUCCGUUUCUUUGGAUUAACAAUUUAUAGUUGUGUUUGAGAAAACACUUGAUUUAUUCUGUAAACUACUGAUGACAUUUCUUCCUAAUUUAAAAUAAAACUGUUGUCAUUUUUAGUUUUUUUUCAUAGAAAACUAAGAAGUGCUAUGUUUUUAUAUGUUUAAAUUUGAUAUACAACACCAUUAUCUUUUUUAAGAAAGCAAUAUUUGAUGGAAUAACCCUGAUUUUUCAAUCACAGCAAAUGAAAAUACCUGUUUUUCUGACCAAUUGUCAUUACCUGAAAAAAAUCCUUUUACAAUAUUUUUAAUUUGAUAUUUGGAAGAAAUGUUAUCAGACUUUUACUUAUGAUAUAACGAUAAAUAGUAAUACUAAUAUUAAUAAUAAAGCAAAAUAUAAAAAACAAUAUUAAUAAAGUAAAUAAAAAAAGAGAAUUUGCAAAAGGUCUCUUAAUAUUUUUCAUAGCUAUACAUUAGGAUUAUUUAGAUGUAAGAACUAUGUGAAUAUAAUAAGAGACGAGUGAAGGAUUACACUGUAUUUAUACAUUUAUCUGCCAUCCUAACAACGGUUUUAUCCAUUUAUUAACAGGAUUAUAAUCAUUUAAAUAUUUUUUUUUUUUAAUAAUUGAAGGACAGAGUAAAAAUGUUUCAUUUUUACAUAAAUGUUGGACUGGUGGGUGUAAUGAAUUCAUGUAAUGAUGUAAUGAAUGAAUAAUGAAUGUUGGUUAUUACACCCAUAUUUUGAGAUUUUAUUUUCAAUUAUUGUCAAAUUAUUUGUCUUUUUAACAUUCAGUUAUAUAAUGACAAAACACAAUAACAUUUUUAUGUAAGCAUAUUUUAAAAACUAAAUUUGUAUUAUUCUAUAAACCUGAAGCUGAUAGAAUAAAAAAUCUGAAAUAAAAAAUAUAUAUAAAAUUAGCAUCUAUUCUUAACCACUUUGUUGCCAUACAACAACACUCUCAAAAGUUUAGAGUUAAAUAUUUGACUAUUAGGAUUGUUUUGUUAUUGUUUUUUUGGCAUAUUAUCAUUUAAUACAUAUUGUCUACACCAGAAAUGCCCAAGCCUGCGGAAACCCAAAGUUUUCUAUUUAGGGAAAACUAUGGGUAGGGGUAGGGAAUGCCUUUAAUAGUUUGUCAUCUCUAAUUUAACAUAACCUUUUGUUUGUUUGUGUUAUUGUUAAGCUACAAAAAAAGCUAACUUAAAUGUUUCAAUUAAAUGUUCAGAUUUUUUCAAAUCUACAUACUGUCACUCAUAGAGAACAAUGCACAAGACAAUGCAAAAGAACGGGCAGCUUGACCAGUGUUUUCAGCAGGGUUCUAAAAGGAUUUUUUUAUAUGUUCAUCAUAAAAUGUUUAAAAAAGCAUUAACGGUUAAUGUUUUGUAUUUAUUUUGAAAUAUUAUUAAAUAAAUUGGAUAAUUACCCAUGGUACCCAUUAAUCUAAUAUAGUUUGUUAUAUUUAACUUCGGCCCAAAGCCCUCAAUCAGGUUUUUGGCCCGUCAUAAGAAAACGUUUGGCCACCCCUGGUCUACACAAACGUUUUAAGAUUUAUUUUUUAAAUAUUUCAUCUAUAUAUCUUUUUAGACUGUAUAACUCUGCAAAAUUAAAUUAUUUUCAACCUUCAAA